AUGUUAAAUAAGGCAUUAUUGGUUGAGAGUGGCCUCACUAGAGCCCAAGAAGAGAAAGAAGAGAAUUAUAAGAAGAGACAUAGUUCUUCCAACUUCCAAACUAACAACAGUUCAAAGGGCAAUGCUAAGAGACAAAACACUUCUUCGGUUGGGAGUUGGGGAAGUCGAACUGUGAGUUGUACUGUUGACAAGCAGAACGAUCGGGUACAGUGCACUAGAUGUAAUGGAUUCCAUCGGGAUAGUGAGUGUCAUUGGAAUACUGGGGCUUGUUUCUUUUGCGGGCAACAGGGGCACAAAAUAGCUGAUUGCCCUAGCUGGAAGGCGUGUGAGACUGAACAGAAAGCAUGGACAAAUAAAGGAACUUCAACAGACAGAGUGUCUUUAGGAAAUCAAAAGAAAAAUGGAGGUCAUAAGCCAAAGACUCAGGGUCGAGUGUACGCACUCACACAACAAGAUGUUCAGACUUCCAACACGGUGGUGUCAGGUACUAUUUUAGUGUCUUCUGUUUAUGCACAUGUGUUAUUUGAUUCUAGAGCUACAAAUUCAUUUGUGUCUGUGGGAUUUGUUAAGAAACAUGGAUGGAAAUGUGACUCUAGAGAGAUUGACUUAUGUGUUGAAGCCCCAAUAGGAGGUGUUAUGGUUGCUGACUUAAUUUGCAAAUCUCGUGUGGUUAGUACAGAUGGCAGGAGAUUGCUUGCAGACUUGACUGUUUUAGAUAUGUGGGACUUUGACAUAAUUCUUGGAAUGGAUUGGUUGGCAACCAAUUGUAGUGGAGUUAACACUCCUCCUUUGGUAAUCUCAGCUUUGCAAGCUAUACGAUUGUUGAGGAAUGGUUGCGAGGGUUAUUUAGCUUCUGUGAGAGAUAUUCGUGAGAUUGAAUUGAAGUUAGAGGAUAUUUUAGUUGUAAAGGAAUUUCCCAAUGGUUUUCCUGAAGACUUACCGGGGUUGCCGCCAGAUAGAGAGAUUGAGUUUGCCAUCGAAUUGAUACCCGACACAGGAAAAGCCAAUGCAGUGGUUGAUGCCUUGAGUGGAAAGACCCCGAGUAAUUUGGCUACCUUGAUCAGUGACCAAAAGAAUAUCUUGGAGGACUUGCGAAGGUUGAAUAUCGAGAUUAGAUGGCAUAACCAUGGAGUGUAG